AUGGCGCUCCUGACACCUCAGGGUGUAAAGGAAGUCUUCCAGUUUCAGAAACGUGAAGGCCGGGAGCACCUUCGGAAGCUCCUGAACUGGGAGGAGUUUGAUGAGCUCAGGGAUGCGCGCAGGAGCAUUCUGCUGGACACCCUGUACGAGAGCGUCAUCUUCGCUGUGGGGAAGGGCUUCCCGUGGGUCGAAGUGGUGCAGGUGGUCAAGUUCACAGAAGAGCUUCUCAGGGAAACCGAAGGCCGCUCCAUCUCCGAGGCGGUGGCCGUGCUGGGAGGCAAGCUGCGGGACUACCAGGCGCAGUUCAACGCCACGCACCUGCUGGCCCUCUGCGACUACUUCCACAACACCUUCAUCCGCCACUUCCGGCUCUACCAGUACGUGCUGGGCCAGGACCAGGAGGUCAACCUGACGGUCGCCCGCCUGGAGAUGUGCGCGCCGCCGCAGCCGCUCCCGCUGGCCCAGGGCACCGACCGCGACCUGUGGAGGCACGAGCAGCAGGUGGCCCGCCUGGACGCCGAGGAGGCGCACAAGCGCGCCGACGUGCUGCUGCUGAAGGAAGCCCUGAGCCUGGAGCAGACGCAGAUGCUGCAGAAGACCUUCGAGUGCCCGGAUGAGCAGGAGCACCGGACCCUGCGGCGGGAGGUGCUGGAGCACCUGGUCAGCGAAGCCAUCCACAUCCAGAUUGCCUGCCUGCGGGAGCUGCUGCAGUACGAGAUCCAGGUGGCUUUUGACAUUCUGGACCUGAGGCUACAGAAGAAGACCUUGAACCUCAAUGCUCCACUACCCCUCCUUCCCAGCAUCAUGGGUCCCGUGCCCCGAGAGGUGUCCCCCAAGACCAGCAAAGCCAACAAAGGAAAGAAAGCCAAAGUCAAUAAGUAG